CUGUUGGACCCAUGAACGCGCUGACGUGGACACUGCUGACUCACAAUGGGAACAGCCAGUGAUGAGAUGGUGCCGGUGGAGCAGGCUUCCUCAUCCCCCUCCCUAGACCCCCUGUGCUUUGAGUGUGGCCAGCAGCACUGGGCAAGAGAAAACCACUUAUACAACUACCAGGGUGAAGUGGACGACGACCUGGUCUGCCACAUUUGCCUUCAGCCCCUGCUGCAGCCACUCGACACACCCUGUGGACACACAUUCUGCCACAAGUGCCUCAGAAACUUCCUACAAGAGAAAGAUUUCUGUCCCCUGGACCGCAAGAGACUGCAUUUCAAGUUGUGUAAGAAAUCCAGUAUCCUGGUCCAUAAACUUCUAGACAAAUUACUGGUCCUAUGCCCGUUUUCUUCUGUGUGCCAAGAUGUGAUGCAGCGGUGUGACCUAGAGGCACAUCUUAGGAACAGGUGUCCUGGAGCCUCUCACCGGAGAGUUCAUCUAGAAAGAAGGAAAACUAGUCAAACUCAGACACAGAUUGAGGGUGAAACUGGAUCCACAGUAAUAGAUCCUCCUGGCACCUCCCCCCCAGAAACGGACUGCUUGGGCACUGUGCCUGUGGAGCGAAACUUGACACCUGCCCCUCUUCCUGUGUGGCCUGAGGAGCCUGGCCUGGACAACCCUGCCUUCGAGGAGAGUGCUGCGGCCGACUCUGUACAGCAACCACUUAGUUUACCAGAAGGGGAGAUCACCACCAUUGAGAUCCACCGCUCUAAUCCAUACAUCCAGUUAGGGAUCAGCAUCGUGGGCGGCAAUGAGACACCACUGAUCAACAUCGUCAUCCAGGAAGUCUACCGGGAUGGGGUCAUCGCCAGAGAUGGUAGACUCCUUGCCGGAGACCAGAUUCUUCAGGUCAACAACUAUGAUAUCAGCAACGUGUCCCAUAACUAUGCCCGGGCCGUGCUUUCCCAGCCUUGCAGCACCCUGCAUCUCACCGUGCUGCGGGAGAGGCGCUUCGGCAGCCGAGCAAACAGCCAUGCAGAUGGCAGCGCAUCUCGGGACGAGGUCUUUCAAGUGCUGCUUCACAAACGCGACUCUGCAGAGCAGUUAGGGAUUAAAUUAGUCCGAAGGACAGAUGAGCCUGGCGUUUUUAUUCUUGACCUUCUGGAAGGGGGGCUGGCAGCACAGGAUGGCAGACUCAACAGCAAUGACCGGGUACUGGCCAUCAACGGACAUGACCUGAAGCAUGGGACCCCAGAGCUCGCUGCCCAGAUCAUUCAGGCCAGCGGAGAGAGAGUGAAUUUGACAAUUGCCAGACCCGGGAAACCCCAGCCCAGCAAUGGCACCCGUGAAGUAGGAGCACACAGCAUCAGCCAGCAGCAUGCACAGCCACCCUCUCAUAGCCGACCAAGCUCACACAAGGAUCUCACUCAGUGUGUCACAUGCCAGGAGAAGCAUAUCACUGUAAAGAAGGAGCCACACGAGUCCCUUGGAAUGACGGUUGCUGGUGGCAGAGGGAGCAAGAGUGGUGAGCUGCCCAUCUUUGUGACCAGCGUGCCACCCCAUGGCUGCCUUGCACGAGACGGCAGAAUCAAAAGAGGUGAUGUGUUGCUGAAUAUCAACGGCAUUGACCUGACCAAUCUAAGUCACAGCGAGGCUGUGGCCAUGCUGAAAGCCAGUGCUGCCUCUGCAGCCGUGGUCCUCACAGCCCUGGAAGUCCAGAUUGUGGAGGAGGGAGCCCAGACCUCAGAGGAGCAGCCAGAUGCUUUCAGUGAGAACGAGUACGACGCCAGCUGGUCCCCGUCCUGGGUCAUGUGGCUCGGGUUGCCAAGUGCCCUUCACAGCUGUCAUGAUAUAGUCCUACGAAGAAGCUACUUGGGAAGCUGGGGCUUCAGUAUUGUGGGCGGAUAUGAAGAGAACCACACCAAUCAGCCGUUCUUCAUUAAAACCAUCGUCUUAGGAACCCCUGCUUACUACGAUGGGAGACUAAAAUGUGGAGACAUGAUUGUAGCCGUAAAUGGCCUGUCGACUGUGGGCAUGAGUCACUCUGCUCUGGUUCCCAUGUUGAAAGAACAAAGGAACAAGGUCACUCUGACAGUCAUUUGCUGGCCCGGCAGCCUCGUGUAGAGUCUUGACAUUGGUUUCCAGUCUCGCUUCUUCCUGCAGGCUCUUGAAGGAAUCCCCUCUGCUGUGGCAUUUCUACACAGCUACAUACACAGGGCCAAAGCACUAAAAAUCACCCCUGUCCCCUCUCCUCAGACAUGAGCUCCCACUAGCCCCAGGAGCUUAUGUCUGAGAUGUGGCCACCGUCUGCGGCAGUGCUCCGAGCCCGCCAAGACCGUCACCCAGCUGGAUGGAAGCAGCUCCCCAUGCUGCAGAAGCUUGGUCAUUAAAUGAUUUCCAUCUGCAAUUCCUGCAUCAGUGGCAACUAGCAGCAUCAUCUGCAGAGUCCCCUGCCCUGUGAACAGUGCGACAAGUGGCUGCGUUUUAGGUUUUGCUCAUUUUCCAUUGGUGCCAACAUUUCAAGACUUUUUAUACCAUUUAUAAAGUGACUUUUUGAGUUGUUUCUACGUUAACCUUCAGUGCUUAAAUGAAGACAUAAAUCUGACCCCACUAAUGAGAUUUCUUUUCAAAUAAUGUACUGUAGUUAGAACAAUAGAGAAUCAAAAAUAAUGCUAUUCAGGGACAGAGAGGCCUGGGAGGGGACUGUCCUGGGCUGGCAAAAUGGCCCAGGAGCACCAAGAUUCUUUUCCAAAGGAAUGCUUUGUUAAGUAGGAAAAGUUUGAAGAUGUUCUUGUAAAAGUUAUUUCUAGAGUUUAUAUUUAUCAGCAAUCUUGUCUGGAGAUGUUUUUGUGAUUUAUGAAAUUGAACUAGGUGAUUGAAAACCAUUAUUGUGUUAAACACACAACACACACACACACACAGCUAAGUUGAAGGGGAGCCUUUGAUUUUGUUCCUAUGUGUUUUAGAAGUCCUUAGUUUCCCCCAAGAGACCAAUAAGCUCUGUUUGUUUUGCUUUUUUAAUCUGAAAUAUAUUUUAGAUGAUAAUAUCUUCAGCUGUUGGUCACUAAACUUUCUUUUUUCUUUUUUUUUUUUUUAAACUAUUUGUCCUUUAUUCAGCAUAGUCAUCCCUUAGAAGGCAUUAAUGAGAGGGUAAACAAGAGGAAAAACGUCUUUACCAGGUUAAUAUUUAUACUUGAAAAGCUUCAUUUAGAAACCUAGUUUGAAAUCAGAGCUUAUAUACAAGUGACUUCUGAGAUAAAUGGCAUUGAUAAUCAGAAUAUGGGCUGCAACAUGGCGCUGGGGUGAGCUUUGUAUCUGUAUCACUGAUUAUUCCACAGAAAUUUAUAUAU